AAAAAAAAAAGCAAAUGUGCGCCCUCACUAUUUCCGCGACCAGUAAUUGCUAGUACGUAGUAGUAUGGCCAGUGCCUCGACCAGGAGAGCAGCAAACAAGAAAAUCAAGGGUGCCCCGGAUUACGACGACCCCGCGUUCUGGGAUAUCAGAUUCGCGACCGGCCAGGAUGUCGGCGAAUGGUUGAAUUCGGGCGAGGCUCUGAUUGAGACCGUCUUGUCCGACCUGGAGAAGCGCCAGCCCAUCGAGUCGGGAUCAGGAGAACAAAGACGACCCCAGAUUUUGCAUCUGGGACCGGGAGUCUCGAAAUUAGGAUCUAAACUGCGCGAUAAGUUUGUGGAACGUGGAUGGAGAGGCGACGGCAUUGUCAAUGUCGAUUUCUCUUCUGAAGCCGUUCGUCUCGGACAGGAGUUCGAAUCCGGCAAAGAUGCAGCUCACGCCAUGCAUUGGGUUCAAGCCGAUCUGCGCUCUUGGAGUGAUCUAUCCUCUGCUCUGAGGGAAUUUUCUCCUUUCGAGAUUAUUUUAGACAAGAGCACUAGCGACGCCAUUGCGACAGGCGCGGAGGAAGUAUUUACUUCAUCCAGCGCUGAUGAUCAGUCGAAAGUAUGCCCCACGGUGCGGCAGAUUCUGGAUCUGAAGGAAAUCAGCGAGGUUGAGCUCUCUCCGGUUGAGCUCCUGGCAUUGCAUCUUGUGCCUUUGACGCAAAGGGGGACGACGUGGAUUGCGCUGUCAUAUUCCACGAUACGCUUUGAUAACUUUCCGUAUCUAGCGGAGCAUUGGAAUGUUGUUUCGCGUACGCCGCUGCAGGCACCAGCGGGAGAGACUGCUUCUUCGGCUUAUACGCCGCAGGUCUUUCAUUGGAUAUAUGUCCUUCACAGGGUAUAGCAGAAAAGUUUACUGUCUGCACCGGUUCGAGGUCGUUGGGAGUUGAAAUCUGGGUCUGAAUAUGGAAUGGCCCCUCAAGUUCCAAAGGAAUCCGUCAAACUGCCCAUUUCAAGCGCGAUACAUCAUUCAUGGACAAUUCAUUAGCACUUGGAGACCAGACAUAAAACCGGAGUAAGACUAGAUGGGGACACUCCGCUCACUAGAGGAUAUUUUAAAUGACUCGACUUAUGACAUCAAUAGAUUGUUAAAAAUAGUAGAGACGCGAUAUCUUGUCGAG